UCGCUGCUGCUGCUGCUGCUGCUGCUGUUUCUAGUGCCGGUGCAGUUGGUGUAAGGAUUCUGCAGCCUUUUGACAUUUCCCCCACUUCAAGCUCUACUGCUCACACCACCUUCAAAUCCCCAGGAGGGAUGGCGGCAUCUUUGGACUUUCCUUUUACAUUUUCACAGCGGAAGGAGCUUGAGAGACAAGUUAAGAUUUACAAAUACAUGAUCGCUUCCGUUCCUGUGCCUCUUGAUCUCCUCAUCCCCUCGGUUUCGGUUGCUUCCCACUCUGCCUUGGGUGGUGGUGCUCUAAAUCCAAGGUUCGCAGGUCGAAGGGAUGUUGAGCCAGGGAGGUGCAAGAGAACAGAUGGGAAAAAAUGGAGGUGCUCUAGAGAUGUGGCGCCUGACCAGAAGUACUGUGAGCGACACUUGCAUAGAGGUCGUCCACGUUCAAGAAAGCCUGUGGAACUUCGUAACAAGAGGACUCGUAAUACCACCGAUGGUCAAGCUCUUCCUUCAUCUUCCUCCACCAUUCUCGCUAACAAUGCUUCUCAGUCUCAGUUUGUUGGAACUCUUGCUCACCCCUUCCAGCAGAUCCAAACCACCUGGUUUCUUGACAAGCCAAGUUUAAAAGCUGCAACUUUUUGGCUUUUCACCUCUGUUUCUUCCUACAAAGAACCCAGGACCUCGGACUGGACCACUAAUGAACUCAUUCCCCUGGCUGACCAGCAGUGGCAUCAUCUCAUGCAAACAGGGGCAGCUACUGAAGGUUAUUUGUCCAAUGCUUAUGACAAGGAACCUCUAGACUUGAUCUCGUGUCCAAAUUUCAAUGUUGUACAUCAACAACGCAAUAGUUGCCCUUGGUUUCUCAACUCUGAAAUAGUUCCGCUACAGAAGUCCGCUGAAGGUACACGUAGAGGCUUUAUUGAUGCGUGGUCUACUGGUGUAUCAAGUGACAACACUGGAGCUGAAGCCUCCGUUGCCUUCGACGGGAAACCCUCUCUUUCAUCACUUUCCCUGUCGAUGGGGCCUAUCCGUAUGGGGUUGGGAGUGAGCGAGUAUGAUGAGAACCAUGAAUAUGCUUCCAAAUCACACCUAUCAAGUUGGUUAGCACCUGCCUCCACACCUGGUGGCCCACUAGCUGAGGUUUUAUGGCCGAGCGCCACCAAAAGCAGCUCUAACCUAUCAUCUCCAGUCACCGGAAAUGAAAACUCUUGUAGUCCAUCGGUGACUGUAUCGUCUUCACCGUCUGGUGUUCUACAUAAAGCUCUUGCUUCAUUGUCUGAUAGCAGUGGUAGUAGCAGCCCAGCACUUAGUUCCAGGGUCAAACCUGAGAUCAGUUUGAUGCUGGCUUAAAGGAAAUUAUCUCCCUCUUGUCCGAUAUCAAAUUUUACUACAAACGGAUUUGUCCUUUUUGUUUUUUUGUAUGGUCUAAAUGAAUCACUUAGUUGUUGGUUUAUGACAUAUAAU